AUGCGGUCCUCCAUCGCAUGCGCGCGCUGUCGGCGCAGCAAAGUCAAGUGCAUCAACAAUGGCGUGAACACGACCUGCCGCGCCUGCGAGACCUCAGGGAGAGAGUGUACCUAUCCUGCACCUGCAGCUGGCGGUGCGGGGAGUAUCACACGGAGGGAGAGCAUCAUCGCUAGUCAUGUGUCUGGGGAGGGGCCAAAUCCCCAAGGAGAGCAGACUCCUAAACGACCGCGCCCAAAAAAAACAAUCGCCCCCACCUCGAGUAUCUCGAACUCGAACAAGGAAAGUCCCCGGCCGCUCUUGGAUGCAUUCGAUCCGCUUCUGCUGACUCCUAAGGUCUGGACAGAACUGUUCGAGAUCUUCCAGCAGCAUUUUUCCACUGAUUUGCCAUUCUUGCAUCCUCCAACAUUCCUCAAACCACUGCGACAAUCGAAUCUACACUCCCCUCCCGUAGACUCAUCCUCAACCCACUCCCCAUCUGCGACUCUACCUCCAGCGUCAUCCCUAUUGCUACUUGCAUUCCUUGCACUAACCGCCCGCUUCCACCCGGCACUGGUAGCGCAUCACUCCCCGCCAACUUCUUCACGUCCAAGCAACCCCAUCGUUGCUUCAGAGUACUAUGCAGCAGCUGCGCGCUCGCGUCUGGCAGGGUCGAUGGGCGACUCGCUCGGUAUCCCGACGCUCGAGCGAACGCAGGCGUUGCUUAUGAUGGGGCUUCAUGAUUGGGGGAUGUGCCAGGGUGUCAAAGCGUGGAUCUCGAUCGGUGUAGCGAUUCGUUCAGCCCAAAUCCUUGGCCUUCAAUUCGAGCAGGAGCUAGAUGACAUGCCUCUAGCGCGCUCACUCGCACUCAAUAAUGAAGUUCAUCACAUGGGAGUCAGCCCUGACCGUCUAGGGCGCAAUGCUAUGUUGUCCAAGGGCGAUGAAUUCAUCGAGCAAGAAAUUCGACGCAGGACAUUCUGGAGCUGCUUCAUUAUGGACCGAUAUCUCAGCAGUGGCAAGUAUCGCCCAUCCAUGCUGAAUACGCAAGACCUGCGCAUUCAGCUUCCUAGCAGUGACCGUGCUUUCAUGUUUGGGGAGAAGGUGAAGACCCAGUUACUAGGAGAAGACGCAGAAGGAGUUGCUCGCCGAGCUGAAGUCCAGAGUCAGCGCAAAGCUUCAGUUAUGCUAGGCGCCCGGAAUGGCGACCGAGAGCGAAGUCAGGAGAACGGGAAUGGAACAUAUGGUAGCCAUGACCAUCAACUGCGUGACACUGACGACAACGCGAGAUGGGAGAUAGGUCCUGACGAGGGAGCGCUGAGCCGUUUCAUUAAGGCCCUGGACCUCUAUGGACGCAUUGUGAAGUGGUCCUGUGGGGGUGGCAGACGACAAGAAAGAUACCCCCCUUGGGAUUCGAGGUCUUCGUUUUACGAACUCCAACACAAACUCGCCGCUUUCAAAGAUGCGCUGCCUCGCGACCUCACUCUAAGUGCUUCGAACAUCAAUGCGCAUAUCGCCUCCAGGACCUCAACUCCUUACACCCUCAUGCAUACCAUCCAUCUUCUUUGCAGCAUCAUGCUCCAUCGAGAAUACGUUCCCUUCAUUCCGCUGCGGUGUUCGAAACCACAAGGCCCACUUGAUCCUCCCCUCUUUCCGCCAGAAGAUUACCAAAUUCCUCCCGGCUUCUGGGAUGAUAGCGCACGCGAAUGUUUCAAAGCUGCUAGAGACCUAAUUGAUUUGCUACGAACGUGUCAAGAAUGGCAAGUACUAGUCGAGACACCACUAGUGGGUUUUGCUACUUACACGGUCGCGUUUGUUGGCGUAUACUGCAUUAACUUCCCCUGGAUGGAUCCGAACGGUUAUAUGUGCAAACGUCAGCCUGAAUCUGCCAACGCAGGCUACGCGCCACUAUCAGACACCAGCGGCGCGGAAGCUGCACGGAAAGCGCUUGAACUUGUCGGACAAAUGCGCAAACGACUCAGCAUGGCCAGCGGUUGGUUCAAGACAAUCCGACGUGUUCAUGUGUACUUCAGCAGAAUGAAAAAGGACUUUGCUCGCAACACCCGUGCACUGGAGGCCUCUUCGGAAAGCGGCGGCAGUUCCACGGAAUCUUACAGGCAUCUCAGUUUACGCGAAGGUGGAAUUGGCGGCGGACUAGAAGAAUACAAGCUCUUAGAGAAGAUUCUCAAGGAGUUCGGCAGUCUAGAGGACGAGGAUCUCGAAAUGCCGGAUGCUGAUGCUGACAUUUCUACUUCACGGCUAGGCCAGGUUCUUGAUGAGGGAAGCGAGUCUGGCAGUGCAGCGAUAAAGAGUGAGAACAUGGACUUAGUAGACGGCACUCCAGACUCAGCGUCGAUACGACACGAACGAUGGAAUGCGAUCAACAGCGUUGCCGCGGCUGCAAGAACAGAUUCAGGCAGUGGAACGCCUGCUGUGCCGAACGGCUUCCAAAAUCACUAUGGACAGCAAAUCCUAAGCCCAACCACGCACCCAAGCUCCGCGCCACCGCAGGAAGGCUUUAGGCCUGGUUAUGGUUCACCCCAGGCGAUUCAUCAGCAGCAUUUGCAUGCGCAGUCGUACCCCCCAAAUCCUGCCGAAUCGGCACAGCGAGCGUCACUGAGUCUUCAGCAACAACUUCAACACCAAGGAUCGGGAGGUGCGCCCGUGUCUGUAUCUCAACAACAAGCCACCUGGUCGCCCGCAACCAAAGAGACAUGGCUUAACAGCCUUGACACGCGCUUCGGAGGCGAUGAUUGGGCUGCAUUCACAGCUGGCAACGACUGGCAGGACUGGGCAGCUUCGAAGGGAUCAGAUGGAUGGUUGAGCACAGUCUGGGGAGCUAGUUAA